AUGGCGGCUGCGAGGACCGCGGACCGGGGGACAUGGUCCCUUCUGAGAAUCCUUCCCUUCUUUUUCCCGGUAGCUUUUCUCUACUUCCUGACACCAAUCCUCAACGAAACAUGGUCAUCCUGGAUACUAUCUCGGAGCGACAUUUACCUAGGAGAGCUUGCUCGGGCAGCAUUGUCGGAGAAGUCAUGGUUGACUUCGGUCGAAAAGAGAAAUGAGUGGAUGAGUGCCAACAAGGACUACGACUCAAUUCUGUUCACACCCAGAGACGAGAGCCUCCGAUUCUGGUAUACCAUCUGGGACCUGUUUCCGGCAGCGUACACGUGCCCAUGGGAUGUUCAACGAGUUGGAAUACUUGGUGACGGGGGAAAGUGGAUUUGCGGAAUGAGUAAAUACGAAAGAGCAAAUGCCAAUUCUCGAGCGCCUGAGAAACCCAUCCGCAUUUACAGCUUUGGGAUCGGAGACGACUCUUCUUUCGAGACGGAGAUGCUCGGCCGCUCCAGCGCCACUGAGAUUUACGGCUUUGACGACACCGUCGAUGAUUGGGGUAAGGGACUAGAAGCGUAUUCCAAUCGGACGCAUUUCUUCCAAACGGCUGUUGCCGAGUACGACUACUACUAUGAAAAGGAGAAGACGGAAUUUCUUUCGAUCAAGAGUAUCAUGAAGAAGCUAGGGCACGAAUAUGUAAACCUCGUCAAGAUGGAUAUCGAAGGAGACGAAUUCCCGACAUUGGAGUCUUUUCUGGGAGACUAUACGAAAGGUGGAGAGCUCGAGGGCAAGGAGGUGCCAGUUGGUCAAAUGGUGAUUGAGAUUCAUGUACCAGAGAAGGGCCCUACGAUAAGUGAGUUUGCGGAGUGGUGGGAAAGGAUUGAGGAAGCUGGCUUCAGGCCGGUUUGGAGCGAGGCAAAUCUUCUCGCCGUCAUGGUGGGAGAUGGGAAGCCGUGUUGCUUUGAGUACACUUGGAUAAACACGAAAGGCAGCAGAAGUGUCCUGUGGGAGAGACGCAGCGAACAGAAUAUUGCAGCAACAUGA